AUGGUUCCAGAAUUUGAAAGAACCCACUACCCAGAUGUAUUCGCACGGGAACGACUCGCUGCCAAAAUAGGACUCCCUGAGGCUAGAAUACAGGUGUGGUUCUCGAAUCGUCGCGCGAAGUGGCGGCGCGAGGAGAAGAUCCGCUCGCAGCGGCGCAGUCCCGAGUGCGCGUACGCACCGCCCGCUCUCACGCACGCGCCGCAACACGCUCCCGCUCACGCUCACGCACCCGCGCCCGCACCCGCGACCGCUCAUCCGCCCUACCAGCCGCCGCUCAACGUUGACACAUACAGGUACAGUCUCACAGUCGGCCAACGGCCACGUCUCGACAAUACCCCCCCUGUGUGUGAGAGCAGUGAGUCGGAGUUGUGCAAGGGAGGUUUCCUGGGCUACCCGCGGUACGAGCUCGGCUACCGUCAGCCCCAUCCCUACGCAAACCAUCACGGGUACCAGCACGAACCCAACUCACCGCCACCAGUAUUAUAUCAUAUCGAUAUUGAGAAGUUCGAUUUCGAUUGAAAAGAAAUUUUGACUGGCAUGCGGAACUUAAGCAACUUUCGCAAGGGUCGGUCAUAGGAUCGUUAACGCCCGCUACCACAAUACCCACCGGGCCCUCGUGGCAAUUCCCUCAUUAAGAGUCCAUCCAUAAGGAAGAUCUAUGGCCCAGCAGUGGACAUGUUAAUAGACUAUACAUAAUGAUCAGCAUUGUUAUGUUUGGCAGAAUUAGGUGGUCUACUCGGUGCGGGCGUGUCCGUGCCGCUAGCUGUGCCCGGGCAGGACUCGCAGCAGUACUGGUCGCGGCUGCAGUGA